AUGUGUGGCCGGCAUUUCCAACCGGGAGACUUCGCAGUGACUGCAGGGGGACUGAGGAGGUUACAGAGUGGAGCUGUACCCCUUCUGUUUUCCUGGAAUGAGUACACUCUGCCUACACUGAGGCAGAAUGUAUGGGAGCGCCGCCCGAGAGCAGAGGAGCCUCUCCUGGAUCUGCCUGCAGACUUGGAGUCGGAGGACGAUAUGGACACAGCAGCACCUGAUCAUGAUUACUGCUUAACUCCAGCGACAGCGGUGAUGGCAGCUGAGAUGGCCAAUGAAAAUGAAGCUCUGCGCCAGAACAUUGGGGAACUCCAACACCAGCUGGAAGUGCUACAGCUGAGGACGCGUUUUGAUAUUCAGCGCCUUGCAGGGUCAGACGAGGACACCAGGCUGGUUUGCUACAUACAAGCACUCUUCCAGGCCUUCUGGAAAUUGGUGGAGCCUGCAGUCAACACCAAGAUGGUGCGGAUCACCAGUGCCCAGACUGCAUCUGCCAGCAGCUCUGAAGUCUCUCAACCAGCAACGAAACUUCCACCAAUAGAUGAGCUGCUGCUGUUCCUCAUGCACCUCUCAGUGGGCCUGCCUCUCAGGGAUCUUGCAGAACGGUUUGGCAUUCACCGCACCACAGCCAGCAGGAUUAUUUCCACCUGGACACACUUCCUGUACAUCCUUCUAGGAAGCCAACGUCUGUGGAUCCCCCCUGAAGUUGUCAGAGCUCACCUUCCACCUGAGUUUUCAGCUUUCCCAGACACGCAGGUGGUGCUCGACUGCACUGAAAUCUUUUGUCAGACACCAUCCUCUCUCCUGCUACAGAGUGAGGUGUUUUCAGCGUACAAAUCGCACUCUACUUUUAAGGCCAUGAUUGGCAUGGCACCAUUACAUUUGUGUCUGGCUUGUAUGCAGGAUCCAUGA